AUGUAUUUGACUGAAGUUUCGCCUGCCAACUUGCGUGGAGCUACUGGCUCGUUUGCUCAGUUGUUUGUGACUAUUGCCAUCCUCUUCUCUCAGAUUCUUGGACUCCCGUUUUUAUUGGGAACUGUUGAGAGAUGGCCGUUUAUUUUCGCUUUUACUUUUGUACUUUUUUUAAAUUCUAAUCUAAUCAAUUAUCUGUCAUACCCAUACUACCUUAGGGCUUUUAAAAGGUUUUAUGAAAGUCGGAUCUACUCAAUUUUGGUUGAUUCUUCCUUUUUCUUUGAGUUAAGACGAUUGAUACCAAAAUCGACAUUUUGGGAUAUUUUUACGAUUAGUUCCUUCGACGAAGAAAAAAUUAAUUCCUUCGACGAAGAAAGAGUCUUGAUAGAAUGGCCCGCUUUUGUGCCUGUUAUUGUUCAACUGUGCACUCUUACAUUCUGCCCUGAGACCCCUGAAUUCACCAUUGUUGUUAAAGGCCAAAGAGAUCAAGCAGAGAAAGACUUGAAAAAACUUCGUGAGAGUGACGAUGUUCAAGCUGAACUUGACUUAAUUUCUGACGAAGCCGCAAAAGCUAAUUCUGGAGCUCCUUCCUCAAUGAAAGACAUUUACGGUACCAGACUUCCAUGGCCUUUGGUCCUUGCUUUGUUUAUGAUGAUUUCUCAACAAUUGAGUGGAAUUAACGCUGCUAUGUUUUAUUCGACUGCUAUUUUCAAGGGAGCCGGUCUUAAAGGACAAUGGCCAAAUUAUGCCACAAUUGCAAUGGGGGCUAUAAAUGUUUUGAUGACUGUUGUGUCUGUUUAUUUGGUUGAACAUCCCCGCUUUGGACGUAGAACUCUUCAUAUUACUGGAAUGGUCGGAAUGUGUUUCUCAACAGCGAUGAUUGCUAUUUCUAUGCUUGUUGCUAAGUCCAUUGAAUUUGUCUCCUUCCUUUCAAUCAUUUUUGUUCUACUCUUUGUCAUCUCAUUCGCAACUGGACCAGGAUCAAUCCCUUGGUUCUAUGUAAACGAAAUGUUCCCGUCAAAUUUGCGUGGUAUUGCCAGCACUUUUGCGGUUACUGUAAAUUGGAUUUGUGUUAUACUCGUUGCUACGUUCUUCCCAAUUAUUGAUGGUAUUCUGGCUGAAUAUUCCUUCUUUGUAUUCACUGCUCUCCUGCUAAUAUUUAUUCUGUUCGCACUCAAGUUUUUGCCCGAGACCAAGAAUAAAACGCUUGAGCAAGUUUAUGAAGAAAUGGAUAACCGAAGGGGUGUUAAGACUAAAUUGAAUAAUAAUCAAGUUUGAAGAGAACCUGAAGAGAAAAUAAUUUUUUGGAGACUUUAUUUAUUUAUUUACGCCUAACUGACUUUUUUUAAUAUUAUUUUUUAUUAACUUGCUAGUUGACCUAUUCUACCAAAUUAUUUUUUUUAAUAUUCUUGGCAGUCUGUGGGUUGACAGUCGAUUUAAAAUGCCUUAAAAUUUCAAUUUUGUUGAUUUUUAAAUUCAAUAUAAAUUCACAGAUUGCCAAACUGAUCGUUUACUAUCCACCAUUUUUAAACUUUAUAAUAAUAAAAGUGCAUUGACAUUUUCACUAAUUAUAGGAUCUGAAACAGGGAUGGCUAGGGUUGUCAAAAAGUAAGAAGGAUUUCAAAAUUUUUUUCUGAUCGGGUUUCUGAACGAAAAAAACGCGUUUCGGGUAACUCUACCCAUCCCUGAUCUGAAUUAGAGCUAAGCUCACUUGAUUUAUUCUGGCCGUACUUUUUCUGACAAAAUUUACCCCCCUUAUUUAUACAAUAUUUUUCAUUUUU